AUGGCUAUGUCUAUGAAGGCCACGCCAAUCACGGCUUCCGGGGUCGUUUCAAUAGAACGUUCCACACUUCCACCCUUAAAAUCAUCAUUUCUCGGCUACCGCUCAGGAGCACUGAAAGUUCCUGGUAUAAGGGUAUCCUACUCGGAUAGAUUGAAAUGUGAUUGUCAUGGGGGCGGCGCCCUCGGUACUCAAAUGAAUCUUUUUAGCAGAAUUGCUAGAGUUAUCAAGUCAUAUGCUAAUGCCAUUAUGAGCUCCUUUGAAGACCCUGAGAAGAUAUUAGAACAAGCUGUGCUGGAUAUGAACAAUGAUUUGAUAAAGGUUCGCCAAGCUACAGCACAGGUUCUUGCAUCUCAAAAGCAGUUAGAAGGCAAGUAUAAAUCUGUACAAAAAGCUUCUGAUGAAUGGUAUAGAAGGGCACAACUUGCCCUUCAGAAGGGAGACGAGGAUCUUGCCCGUGAGGCACUUAAGAGAAGGAAGUCGUAUGCCGAUAAUGCAACUGCUCUGAAGACACAGCUUGAUCAGCAAAAGAAUGUUGCUGAUGAUCUUGUGUCCAAAACACAGCUUUUGGAGAGCAAGAUACAGGAGGCUAAAUCAAAGAAAGAUACCCUCAAAGCAAGAGCUCAAUCUGCAAAGACUUCAACCGUGGUCAGUGAGAUGGUGGGCAAUCUCAGCACAAGCAGUGCCCUUGCAGCUUUUGAUAAGAUGGAGGAAAAGGUAUUAACCAUGGAAGCUCAGGCAGAUGCAUUGAAUCAGUUAUCCACUGACAAUCUUGAGGGCAAGUUUGCGCUGCUGGACAACUCUUCUGUCGAUGACGAUCUUGCUGAGUUAAAGAAAGAAUUAUCUAGAAGCUCAAAGAGGGGAGAACUUCCAGCUGGAAGAACUGUUUCCAGCAACAAAGAAUUUCCCUUCACUGACUCGGAGCUUGAGAAAGAGCUUAAUGAGCUCAGAAGAAGAGCAAGGGAGUACUAG